AUGGAGACCUACAUUGAGGACUCCCUACCUGCAGGGAUCCUGGAGCUACGGAACCCCUACCACCUGGUGCAGAUACGGGAAGGGGACGAGUGGAAGACUGUCUUCAACACGGCCAGCAGUCACAACAAGUUUCUGGCCAUGACAUUUGGCCUUACCAACGCACCAGCUAUGUUCCAGGUUCUGGUUAAUGAUGUUCUCUGCGACAUGUUGAACCGGUUCAUUCCUGUCCCCAUGCCACCCUUUGCCAAAGAGAGGGCCCAGCUCAUGUUGCAGCACGUCUUCCGGAUCCAUGGACUCCGGGUGGACAUAGUCUCCUACCGGGUUCCUCAGUUCUCAUCCCGGUUCUGGAAGGUGUUCUGCACGCUCAUUGGGUCAUUGGCCAGCCUGUCCUCCGGCACAUCUAAUACCAACUCUUCGAUUGUGCCACCUUACUGGGACCAGUCUCGAUUGCCUGGAAUCGGCUUUGAGAGAGUUAUGUUGUCAAGCUCAACAGGUGAAUACGAAGACAUCAAGGCCCAUUUUGAGAAAACUGUGGUGGGGUUUCACAUACACACCAUUGAGAGAGUACAAAACCCAGCCCUGUGGAAGUUCUAUGUGCUACAAAGAGAUCAAAUGAAAUCCUCCUUGACAAGCAUCAAUGAGAAGCAGCUUUUCCAUGGUACUGACUCCAAAUACUUUGACAGUAUUUGCAGAGACAACUUUGACUGGAGAAUAUGUGGAAAAAAUGGAACUUCCUACGGAAAAGGAAGUUACUUUGCUAGGGAUGCUCAGUACUCACACAGAUUCACCAGCCAGUCAGGAUUGAGGUCCAUGUUUGUUUGUCAGGUGCUGGUGGGAGACUACACUGUGGGAAACUCCAGAUAUGAGAAACCACCUCCUAAAGAAACCGGAGGAUCCAGCUUCUAUGACAGCUGUGUGGACAACAUUCAAGACCCCAGAGUGUUUGUAGUUUUUGAAACGCAUCAGGUUUACCCCGAGUACCUCAUACAGUACUGUGAUGGUAACUCCACUGCUGCCCACAGUCCUGCUCUGUUAGCUCGCAAUGAGUCACUCAGCCACGGAGCAGGAGGGGAGGGCCGAGCUGGCCUGGAGGAAAGAGGACAGUGCGAAUCAUAG